AAUCUUUCACUGGAUUUCUUUUAGUAUUGCAGAGAUAUAAUGCAUGUUUUUUGUUUUUUUUUUUUUGUUUGUUUGUUUUUUUUUUUUGUUUUUCUCAGAACUUAUAUAGGUCCUGGGAGACCGGAUAUAGUGACUUAUAGUGAAUGCAGGGUCUGGGCGAGACCGGAUAUAGUAAAUGCAGGGUCUGGGGGAGACCAAAUAUAGUGAAUGCAGGGUCCGGGGAGAGCGGAUAUAGUGAAUGCAGGGUCCUGGGAGAGCGGAUAUAGUGAAUGCAGGGUCCGGGGGAGACCGAUAUAGUGAAUGCAGGGUCCGGGCGAGAGCGGAUAUAGUGAAUGCAGGGUCCUGGGAGACCAGAUAUAGUGAAUGCAGGGUC